AACCCGAUAAAGUCACCUCGGCAAAAACAAAUGAUUCACCGAGCAACUUUCCCACAACCAAUCCCGCAGCACUGCCACGACACGAGCCUGCCCUGACUAUAUACAGUGCUGUCGCAGCAGCAGCAAUUCGUCGCCACCGCCGACCUGCAUACCAAAGCCUUUCACACCCGGCCCAGCUGCACCAUAAACAUGCACAUUAAAGGUUGUGCUGCGCUCUCUCACUCAUCUUUUCUGCACGGGCAUGACGGAUGUGCGCGCAUUCCGGCUGCCGACGAAUGGAGAAUCGUCUCGUAUAGUAUCGAGCUGGUUGACCUAAUAGUAGUAGCGACGUGCAGUGUGGUGGUAGUAGAGUUGUACUAUAACGUAGUUGCGCACUAUCCAUCACGCACGUGAGCGUUCCCCCGACAGGACUGUACGAUGAUUGAGGAAUGGUUCGUGGAACGCCUUCGGCGGCAAGCAGAAGGUCGCCCCCCUCCGGAGGACUGCUACCGGAUGGACCCGUCGAAGUCAACGCGCGAGAACGGCCAGGACAUCUUUACGGCGCUCGCGUUGCGCACCACAAACGAAAACAAACGGCUCAGCCUGCUGAACGGGCUGGUCAAGCUGAUCGAGCGCUGGAAGCGGGAGAAUGCCGUCGGAAGCUGUGGGGCUUUGCUGGUCGGGAGUCCCCAGCGCAAGUUGGUGCAGCAGCGGGAGGUUGGGCUGGGUUAUGGCAUUGGGGAGUGGUUGUUCUGCGUGAGUGCCUCGUUGGUGCACCAGUUUACGCAGAUACGGGCGGGGGCGUUGAGGGCGGUGCGACACCUGUUGAUGGCCCCGGGAGAUGUGAGGGCGUUCAACGAGCUGCAGUUGGGACACUUGGUGUGCAGGAGUUUGGACGUGCUGUUGAAGAAUGAAGAGGAGCGGGUUCAGGCGCUGAAGUUGAUCCGGAAGCAGUUGGUGAUUGCGCCGGAGCUGGUGAGCUCUGUGAUGGUGAGGUGUCUGGUGUCGUUGGGUGAGAGUGGGGCGGAAGAUCGUGCGGUGCGGGUGGACCGAGAGGAUCGGAUGUUGAGGGCUUGCCUGGCGACGCUUUGUGAGUUUGGGGUGUUGAACCCGAAGCUGUUGAUCGUUUGUGGAGGGGUUAGCGUGAUUACGCGGAACGUGCUGGAGUGUCACAGUCCGAGAAUAGCGGAGAGCUUGUGCGGAGUGUUGCUGCACAUGCUGGAGUGGCCAAAGACGCGGGAGAUUGCUGGGGUGCGGUUGGACUGCUUGGCGGCACCGUACUGCGACUUUACGUACAGGUUGGGAAUCAUGGAUAAGAACAAGGACGCACGGGAUUUGCGGUUUACGUGCAGUCGGUUGGCGUUGCUAUCGGUGCUGAGGAGUUGGGCGGGGACGCUGGAGUUCUGCAACCCGGCUAAACCUUCCGGGUUAAAAGCUAUCAUAGAUAUCCUGUACCUAAACCAGCUCGAAGUGCGUAAAGCUGUGCUGGAUCUGCUGUACGAACUACUCGGCUUGCCGCAGCCCGUCUGGACCGACGAAUACUCUGUAGCGCUUUCGGUCGUAGACCCAGCCGAGUACCAGGACUCGUGGCGACUCAACGAAGGCUUCGUAGCCGCUGAAGGUACCGCCGUACUUCCAUCCCUCGCUAGUCGCGUGCCAAACGUCUCCGACAUCCACCUGGCCCUGCUCCUGUACUGCUUCAUCGAAAACGGCCUGCUGAACGCUCUCGUCGAAGUCAUCAUCUCCAGCGAUACGUUCAUCUCGGUGCGCGCAACAAUCCUACUCGCAAAAGUACUUCAGCAAAUGCAUCUGCUCCUUCCAGCGGAGAUCUGCAGCGCAACACCCUCGUCAACGCUGCCAACACUCAUCUCAAAGGCUACCGAAGGCAACCACCAGGCCAAAACGGCCAUCGCCGCCCUCCAGCAGUUCCACCAAAUGCUCCAAAACCGACCCGCUUCCUGCUCGCUCUUCCUCGACUGCAUCAUCCAGUCCGGUGAACUCAUCAACACCCGGAUGUUCAAGCGCGAACUCAGCUCCCAAGAAGCGGUCCCCCUCCCGGCAACCAAAUACGCCACCCUGGACAGCAGCUCCAGCUUCGGCAUGAAGCGAACCCGGCACGACUCGGUCGGAUCGACCGGAAGUUCCAGCGGUGGCGGGGGCGGCGGCGUAACCGGCCGCCUCAGCAGUCUCUUCGCCGGAAGUCUCCAGAACGGCACCUCGCUCGACGACAGCGUCCUAACCACCAAAUCCGGCAGUUCCUCCUCAGCCAGCAAGCGCGCUAGCUUGAAGCGGGCCCGCUUUCUGCACUUUUUCGACAACCUCAAGGAAAACGAACGACUCAUCAAGGACUCGAACGUGCUGGCGAACAAGGACGCCAACAUGUGGGACUGGGACAUUGUGAUUACGAUCUUCCGGUCGGACAGCCUGGGCAGCAAGCUGGACGACCAGAACACGCGCUUCAUCAAGCGCAUCAUCGAGUACUUCAAGCCGAGCAAUAACCGCUUCUCGCACCAGGAUCUGAGCGGGAUCUCGCGCCAGCUGCCGGCGUACGUGACGGCGGCGCUCGAGCUGAUCGACUGGCUGCAGCAGAGUCAGGAGCUGGAGUGCAUCCGGAUCUUGACGGACCUGUUUACGGACAUUAGCCGGCAGUUGAUGGCGAUUCACGCGAAAAAGUCCGCGCACGAGUGUCUGUUUAGUCCGCAGCACAUGAGCAGUACGAUGUGUCAGCAGUACUUUCUGUUUAUCGGGCGUAUGUGCCGGACGGAGAAGGGUCUCGGCGUGCUGACCAACACGGAUGUGUUUAAGGAACUCAACACCAUCGUCACCAAAACGAACCACAUCUGCUACGUGAAGCUGAUCGUGUCUGGGCUGGACUACUCGCUGGAGGGCGAACCCCGGAACGUGCUGAUGCGAGCCCUGAUCAAGCACCCAUCUGCCAAGGCCCGCCUGUACGCGACGCAGUUCAUGCGGGUGCUGCUGCGGGCACGACUGCCGAACUUUGAGGUGUGGGGCAUGCCGUUGCUGCUGAAGCUGGCGAACGAGUGCCAGGCGCGGUGCGUUCAGCUGGCCGCGUUGGAGAUCCUGGAGGAGGCUUGCUACGAGCGGAUCUAUUUGGAGGAGUUGGUGAAUGUUUGGCCGAACCUGCAGCGGAUCAGCGAUCAUGGGAAGUUGGUGAUGAUGAAGUUUUACUCGAUUCCGCGCGGGUUGAACCAUACGGCGGCGAAGAUUCGGGAGGAGAUUGAGCUAUGGGUGCGGACUUACAACAGGAAGUAUGUGCUGCUGGUUGAGGCGGAUAUUCAUGCGCACUUGACGCAACACACGAAGACGGAGGACGGGACUUAUAGUAGGAGGCACUGCGCGCAGAGGACGGGUAUUGCGGCGCCGAAUGUGUUGCCCCAUUUGUACGGUCAGUUGGUCCAGACGAAUCAGGGCAUGUCGAAUCUACAGGUGCACGGAGGGAUCUUGGAGUUGGUGGAGACGCUGCUGCAGGCCAAGUGUUCGAAUGAUCGGGAAGUGUUGGAGUUGAAGGCGGCCAUGUGGGCGCUUGGACAUUGUAGUACGAGCAAGGACGGGGUUAGUUAUCUGUACGAGUUGCCGUCGGCUAGGGUCUACGAGCGGUUCAUACAGUUGGCCAAGUACGCUGAAGUCUACUCGAUACGAUCAACGGCGUUGAACUGCUUGUGCCUGGUGGCCACAACCCAAAUGGGCGCGGAUAUUCUAGCCAAGUUGAACUGGAUUUCGGUGCGUCACGACCGAAACACCUUUUGGCCGGUUUACGAACCUGAAGAGUGGUUCCCGAAGCAGUUCAACACCCCAGUACGGCACAACUACGAGUUGCCUCCGUACAACUACACGGCUCUCCUCGGAGAAGGCAACGGUGGCAACAGUCUCCUCGAAGGCGACAGCGAAGAUCAGCAACUGGUCGUGUCCCGUCUCGAGAGCACCUCCGUCGGGGAAGAUCAAAGCGACUGCGCUGCCCCCAACACCACCUCCCGAUCACAAACCCUGCCGGAAAGUGUCCUCGCCGCAUCCCGCAACCCCCCACCACCGCCCGCAGCGUCCUUCUCCAAACACAAACGCUCCCUGUCCGAGUCCAAAACCACGGACGGAAUCAGUCUCAUGGCUACCGUCGUUGCUCCCACAAACAUAACCUCAACCUCGCUACAUCACCCGCGCACCCGCUACAACUCGGCCGGCACCGACUCCAACACGUCCGGCGUCAGCAGCUACGAGUCGAUCUUCGGCGGCGGACGCUUCCACUCCGACAUGAUGCAGCAAAGCCAACUCUCCCCGAUACCGAGCAGCUCCAACCUGAUUGACCUGAAGAAACUCUCCUCGGAGGAAAAGUACCGCCGCAUCUCGCUCACCGGUCUGCCGCUGCGCGAGUCCAACGUCAUCUCCGCCCAGGAUCUGCACGGCUAUCACACGCUGCGGAUCCUGCGGAGACGUUGCCGGCCCAUGCUGUCGGAGUCGGCCGCGGACGAGCUGGCGGAAAUGAUGGAUGAUGCGAUGGCCAGCGUGACGUCGUCGUCCUCCACGUCGACCAUUUCGCGGUUCCGGCUGCGGGCGUCCAAGUCCAUUACGGAGCAGAACCGGAAGCUGAAGGUGCGGAGUUUGGACCGGAAUUGCAGCUUCAAUGCGAUGAUGGGCUAUGACGACUUCCGGCAAAGUCUUCGGUUGAAACACCAGCGACUUCAGCUGCAGGCCGACAUCCGGGGGCCUUGUUACGCAGGCAUCUGUCUCCCGCGCAACAUUCUGGACCUGUUCCCCAAGGAGGAACCCACCGGAACGUACGUCUCCAACUACACCCUCAACGAGCUGGACGCAAAUGCCGCCUCCGGUUACGCCGAGUCCGGCACGUCGUCGUCGAUCCCGAUCGUGGACCGCGAAUCCGCCGACUCGAUCAAACUGCUCCGGGUCAGUUCGGUGGACAGCAGCCAGGGAGCGGGGCACGUGCGUGAUGACUGUUUGCAGUGUUGUCGGCGCAGGGGCGGUGAACCGUUAACGGCGACCUGCAGCAGCAGCCGGAGCGAGUGCUUCAACUCGUCGGAGAGUUCGUUCAGCGACGAGUCGGAUCGGGUUCGGGCGAGCAUUCUUCGGCACGUCCAGCGAAUGGCAAACCCGGUGUGGAGCAAACAAAGCCGGGCCCAGCUGCUGGAUCUGAAGCAGAAGCACGCGAGCGCCUUCCAGGACAUUUGUCUGUACUCGGAGGUGUGUCUGCAGCUCGGCCGGAACACGUACCGGUUGGGCUCGCGGAGGUUCCUGCAGGAGCUGUUUCUCGAUUUGGACUUUGAAAGUUUCUACCGCGAACCGGGGGAGAUUUCUGCGUCCUCAAGAUUGGAACGAAGACCGUCGGAUGACGAAAGUGGCCCCUCCUCGGUAGUGUCCCCAAAAGUUCCCAAGAAGACCAGUGUAACGAAAAGUGUAAACGGUAGGACUCCGAACCAAGAAACGAGCAAUAAACGAAACGAUUCCAGUGAAACCAAUGGGAAGUCAGUAAAUAAUGCCCAAGCAGGGCCCAGUGGAACCAACGGAGCAUCUGUGGUGGUGCUGAACUCGAAACCACUCCACCUGAGGUCACCUCCGUUGGCCAGUUUGUACGAGACGAGUGUGGAGAAUAUCGCCGAGAUGAGCUCGACACCGAAGGAAUCGGCGACGCUGCGGGCGCAGGUUGCCCUCGGGCAGAUGCAAAAGCACCAAAAAAUCCUCAACCGACAUUCGAUCGGCACGGACGUCCCGGAUGGCGCCAUCACCAAAGAUGCAGCAUCCUCCUCGGAAACCGCUCGGUUUCGCCCCGACCAGGACGACCCGGACGAACCGUCCACGUCUUCGUCGUGCUCCGCAACGACGGCCAGCAGCCAAAACCAAAACAACGGCAAAUACCGACCCCGGCCCCGGUUCAACACACUGGAGCUGGACCUGAGCUGCACCAAGAACAAGUUCCCGAUCCGGCGGGACCGAGCCGUCGGAUACUCGCCGACCACGCCAACCGGAGGAGGUUCGAUUAUAACGACCUUUGGGGUGACCACGAUCGGUGGGAGUAGCGGGAGCAGCAGCGCCGUGACGAGUCCGACCGCAGAACUUCCGGCCCUGUUUUGCGAGCAACGGUUGCAGCAGCUGCAGCUGACCGGUUCCAAAUCGGAAGCGACCCUGGUGACCAACAACAACAACGGCAGCAUCAGCAACAGCAAAAAGUGACCGGAAGAAGGAGGGAAGACGACGGUAAGCGAACGAAACUAGUUAUUUUGAUGUGUUUAUGUGUUUCAGUGUCGAAAGUUUCUUCAUUUGUUUUAUGCUUAACUUUUUGAAAUGUUUUACUAAAAUUAAAAAAGAAUCAAGCUUUUCGAUUUUCGAAAACGAAUCUCACGUAAACUUUUGGUAACGAGGUUGAUGAAUUUACAUCCGUGGUGGGGAGAGCCGCACUCAAGAAAAAACGAACACACACACACUCGGUAACUGCAAACUACGACGCAAAUUAUGAAAUUUUUCGAUGAAACGCUUGUGAAUGGAGAGUACAGGUUCCUAAUAAUUUUUAACGAUAAGUUUCACUAACGAAUGAUUAUUGAAUAUUUCCUAUACGAUAUUUAUUUAUUCUCCUCCUACGAAACAAACAAAAAGAUCGCAAACAUAGAGCAGCUGCUUCGCAGAAAUGAGACUAAAAAUUUCCCAUUUUUUUAUUAUCAACAUAGAGACGAUUUCUAACCAAAAUAAUUAAUUUACUGAGCAACCAGUUGCCCUCAGCUUGUGUAGGUAUUUAAAUAUGAAUUAUUAGUUUAGUUUAGCCUAAGUAACAAAACAAACCAGUGCGGUUUAGUACGUUUGCAACAGACGCGCAUGAGUAUUAUUAUUUAAAAAUGAACCUUCCUACUGCUAGAAUCCAGCCUCUGCUGGAGUUUAUCCCAAUGAAUCCCCGUUGGAACUGACCUUACAAUCAGCGAGAACACUUUAUUAAUAUAAUUCUGUCGAUGAUUAGUUCGUAAUCCUAGCAGUGUAUACAAUAUACAAAAAAAAAAAAAACAAAUAUUAUUUAUUCAACUAAGCGAGUGUAAUUUAUAUGUGUGCGGCGAUGGGGGUGUCCUGUAAAUCUGUAAAAUAUU